CCGGGACGCCUGCCGCCGGCCCUUCCCUCUUGCCCCGAGCGCACUGGCAUACUGGGCGGGCGGAUAUUUCAACCUCCAUGGUGACCGGCUGGCCCGCCGCGCUGAGACACCACAUGCCCGCCCUCCUGCCCCUCCCGCCGCUCUUGUGUUCCGUUUCUCUUCCCACUCGGCCCCCGCCUCUGUUUGCCCUCCUCCCCCCUUUCUUCUUCCUGGUCAGCAUCCCCCACCUGCCCCCUCGAUGACCACCUGCCCGGACGCCACCACUGCCAGUCCGCACCCUGCCCCGUCUUCCGCCAUGAGCGGUCUGGCCAGCCGCAUCGACGGCCAGAUGGAAAAGACCCUCCUGGAGCCGUACACCUACCUGACCUCGACGCCGGGCAAAAACGUCCGGUCGAUGCUGAUUGAGGCCUUCAACCUCUGGCUCCGGGUCCCUGCCGAGGCCUUGGAAGUGGUCAAGGAGGUUGUGGAGAUGCUGCACAACUCCAGCCUGCUGAUUGAUGACAUCCAGGACGGGUCAUCUCUGCGCCGCGGCCUGCCAGCCGCCCACCUCAUCUACGGCCCUGCGCAGACGAUCAACUGCGCGAACUACGUCUACUUCCGGGCCUUGGAGAAGCUCCUGGCCCUGAGUCCGGAGUAUGCGUCGCGCUGUGUGGUCAUCUACACCAAGGAGCUGUGCAACCUCCACCGCGGCCAAGGGAUGGACCUCUUCUGGCGUGACUCGGUUCGCUGCCCCUCGGAAACCGAGUACCUGCAUAUGAUCGACUAUAAGACCGGCGGCUUGCUGCGCCUGGGCGUCAAGCUGAUGCAGGUUUUCUCCAGCUACCAAGGCAACCUCAUUCCCCUGGUGAACCUGAUCGGCAUCCACUUCCAAAUCCGCGAUGACUAUGUCAAUCUCUCCUCCUCAUCUUAUCAGAAGAACAAGGGCUACUGCGAAGACAUCACCGAGGGGAAGUUUUCCUUCCUCAUCAGCCAUUCGGUGCGCACGGCUUCCGACACCCAGCUCCUGAACAUUCUCAAGCAGCGCACCGCCGAGAGUGAGCUCCUUGACUAUGCGGUCUCGUGUGUGCGCCGGACCGGCACCUUUGCCUACACCCGGCGCUACCUGGAGCGGGUGGAGGCGGCCAUCCGCGAUGAGAUCGCCCGGCAGCCGCCGGUGGACCCGAGCCUACUGGCCGACUUGACGGCCCAGCGCUCCCGGUCACACUCCCAGUCGAGGGAGGACUUCUCGGUGGCCCCCCCAGCCGCCGAUGCCGUGGAUGCUGCCGGUUCGCACAGCCACAACCCCGCCCUGUCGGUCAUCAUUGAUGGCCUGUCGCGAGCCUACCCGACCCCGAAGCCCGGCAGCGCCGACUACGACCUGGACUUGGAUGUCUUCAAGACAAUGAGCCAGCCCUGCGGCAUGCCUGGCUGCCAGCCGGCCAGCAUCGCCGCGCAGCUGGCCGCCGGUGCUGACGCCACCACCUCCGGCCCCUGUGCCAGCCCGGCCUGUGAUGGGCCCUGGCAUGAGUACCUGCUUCUGAUGCAGACGGCCUAUGCGCCAGGGUCCUCCUCCUCCUCCUCCUCCUCCUCCUCCUCCACCUCAUGA